UACUCAAUCCAUCCGUCCUGGGUAGGGUUGUGAGCCGUAGCAAAUUAGUUCAACACCAACCAGCUAGCCAUGGGUAUGUGUUCCAACAAGAAGCGCAGCAGCCCUGGCGUUGCUGUGUGGUGUGUAGUCCUGGGCUUAGCCCUGCUCGUCGCCGUCGAUGCGGCGGGCAAGGAAGGUGGUGGGCGAGCCGGGCACUUGGCUGAAGAGCAUGGGGAUGCAGCCUACUGCUCCGCGUUGUGCAACGGGCGGUCGGACUUCGGACCGUGCUACAAUGAGUGCUUGUACGGGAGGGUGACAGGACAAGAACAAGCGAGAGGAGGUGGUGGAGUUGUAGGGCGAGCUGGACUCCUGGCGAUGCCGACGGAGCGCACCGGAGGCGAGGGAGAAGAGAAGGGGAAGCAAGAGGACCCCGUCGUCCGUCUGAGCGACCCAGUCUGGUGCUACGACGCCUGCCGUGAGCAUCCAGAAUUGGACUACACCCAAUGCGUCAAUGAUUGCUACGCAGAGAAUAUGCCGGACGCCGCACGGCUAGCGGCCCAUGGAGGAACUGGAGGAGAAGAAGCAAGAGGAGGAGCUGUUGAUGGGCUGACGGCGGUGGGGAAACCACACUGCGACUGGUUCCGCGACUGUAGUGUAACGCCAUGCGUCUGGCGAUGUGGCAAGAGGGCCCAAGAGGAGGACAAUGAAGGAACAAGAACAGGAGCGCUCAAUGUCCAGGCGGCUGCGCGGCAUGAGGUUGCUGUAGGAGCAUGUUCGUCGACUGUGUACGUGGAAUCAUGCUAUGCCUGUUGCCAAAGGGAGGUCACUAGAAAUCCGGAUUUCGACUGGUAUGCUUGCAUUCGCAGUUGCCACGACUAAGAUGCUCUCCCAAUCAAGGAGCGAGAGAACAAGAAGGCCGGCGAAGUAGUCGUUUGUUGUGAGCUUAUACUAGCUCGUUUCCUUUCCAAACAAAUAAUGUGCGGUGCAGUGAAUCCGUCACAGUCCAUCUGUUUGCUUUAGUUCUGUUACCUACACCUUUAUUUACAAUGGAGUUGCAGAAUGCUAUACAUGCCGUGCUGCUACGGUUCAUGCAUGUAGGUCUCUCGAGGUGGCUAUGAAUAAUGGGCAAGCUCUAGGCUACCAUGUGUGCGGAACCAAGCCUUGUCAUUGGUUGUAGUGCUUGCACUAACUGAAAGUUUUUUUCUUCGAAACGAGCAAGCUUCCAGUGAAGACAGCACAUUAGUAUUGCUAGGCGGACCCAUCCGAAGAUUGUACCACCAUCCAUGGCGGGUGAAGGCUGCCUGCUAUUCCCGACGACGCACGAAAUCAGUGUCGAUCAAGGAAUAAUAUACACUACUACUCCCUC